AUGCUUAGAAGUGCAAUUCGUACAUCACGUGCUCCACUUGUGCACCGUGCUCCAGCCACUCGUUACUUGGCCUCCCAGGCCCUGGACCUUGUUCAGAUUGAGCUUCCAGCAUCCUCUUUCGAAGGCUACAAGCUCAGCGAGAUGCCCGAAUUGACCUUCGAAACCGAAAAGGAAACGCUUCUCCAGAUGUACAAGGACAUGAUCAUCAUCAGAAGAAUGGAAAUGGCUGCUGACGCCUUGUACAAGGCUAAGAAGAUUAGAGGGUUCUGUCACUUGUCUGUUGGUCAGGAGGCCAUCGCCGUGGGUAUUGAAAACGCUAUUAAUAACAAAGACACUGUCAUCACUUCGUACAGAUGUCACGGUUUUGCGUUCAUGAGAGGUGCUUCCGUCAAGGAGGUUUUGGGUGAGUUGAUGGGUAAGAGAUCGGGUGUCUCUUACGGUAAAGGUGGCUCCAUGCACAUGUUUGCCCCAGGCUUCUACGGUGGUAACGGUAUUGUCGGUGCUCAGGUGCCUCUUGGUGCCGGAUUGGCCUUUGCCCACAAGUACAGAGGUGAGAAGAACGCCACUUUCACUUUGUACGGUGACGGUGCCGCCAACCAGGGUCAGGUGUUUGAGGCCUACAACAUGGCCAAGCUUUGGGACUUGCCAUGUAUCUUUGCAUGCGAGAACAACAAGUACGGAAUGGGUACUUCUGCCUCGAGGUCUUCUGCGAUGGUUGAGUACCACAAGAGAGGUCAGUACAUUCCUGGUUUGAAGGUCAACGGUAUGGAUAUCUUGGCAUGCUACCAGGCCUCGAAAUUCGCUAAAGACUGGUGUGCCAACGGUAACGGUCCUUUGGUCAUGGAGUACGAGACCUACAGAUACGGUGGUCACUCCAUGUCUGACCCAGGUACCACUUACAGAACCAGAGAGGAGGUGCAGCACAUGAGAUCCAGAAACGACCCUAUUGCUGGUUUGAAGGCUGUGCUUUUGGACUUGAACAUCGCCGACGAGGCUGAAAUCAAGUCUUACGACAAGGCUGCUAGAAAGUACGUCGAUGAGCAGGUUGCCGCCGCUGAGGCCGACGCUCCUCCAGAGGCCAAGAUGUCCAUUUUGUUCGAGGACGUUUACGUGCGUGGCAGUGAGGUUCCUGAGUUGAGAGGCAGAAUCUCCGACGACACCUGGAACUUCGAGAAGAACGACUUCACCAACCACGUUUACUAA